GUGUAAACAGAAGACAGACGCGUGCAAAGUGUUUACUACACUCGACCUCGUAUCUGAGGCAAAUCCUUGUAGUUGUUGCGCUUUUAUAGUAACUUGUUGUACUCGGAUGAUCCAUAUCACAUGCAACCGCACCGAGCAGGGAAUUGACACCGCUGCUGGAUUUCAGUGCCUAGUUACUUUCAGUGUUCAUGGAGCAUCUGGAUCCGGAUGAGCAGUUUCUGUGCUGCGCCAGGAACGGAGACCUGGACGCCGUUCGGAAGCUCCUGGCAUCCAAGGUGAGCGGAGAGAGCACGUUGGACAUCAACUGCAAAGGUAAGAGUAAGUCGAACCGGGGUUGGACCCCGCUUCACUUGGCCUCUUAUUUUGGACACACGGCCGUGGUGGAUGAAUUAUUGAAGGCCGGGGCGGAGGUCAACCUGCCCAACAACGUCGGAGAUACGCCUCUUCACAAGGCCGCCUUCACGGGGAGAAAGGAGGUUGUCAUGCUGCUGCUGCGCCACAACGCUAGCGCGAGCGUCAUCAACGGGACGGCUCAGAUUCCCAAAGACGUCACUCAGAACGCCGAGAUCAGACACAUGCUGGCAGCGGUCGAGAGGACCGAAGAGCAAAAACGGGAAUGUAAACUUCUUGAAGCGGCGGGAGAAGGCGACAUGGCCACUCUGAGUCAGCUGCUGAGCAGCAAGAAGCCGCCGAACAUCGAGUGCACAGACGUGCUGGGCAACACUCCGCUGCACUGCGCCGCCUAUCGAGGCCAGAAGCAGUGCGCCGCCAAGCUGCUGAGGGCCGGCGCCUGCGCCAGCGUCAGGAACAAGAUCGGGCAGACCGUGUCGGAAUUAGCCAGCGACGCGGCCAUGCGACAAUUACUCGAAGGCAACGCACGGCGGGGGAUGCGACGUCACGCCAAAACAUUUGAGGGACUCCUCUGGAAGAGCUCCAGAUUUUUGGGCUGGCGCUCCUAUUGGGUAGUCCUCCACAACGGCGUUCUGUCCUGGUACUCCACACAGUCUGAUGCGGUCGCCAACGUCAGGAGGCAAGGAUGCAAGUCCCUCAAUCACGCUCAGAUUCUGAUUCGCUCCAAAGAUAAGUGCAUCUUCACCCUGAAGUGCUUCGAUGACAGCGUCCAUUACUUCAAAGUAUCAUCCAAAAAGGAGCCCGAGGCGACAAGAAAAGGUUGGCUGGACGCUUUGGAAGAACACUCAGCCUUCAGCACACACUACUGCUCCCAGGAGCAGGACGGCCACGGGGAGGACGAAGACGAGGAAGAGGAGGAAGGCUUCUCGUCGGGUCGGAUAGCCGACGCCCUGCAGGCGGCACAGGCGAGCAACGCCAAGUUGGAGCAGGAAGCGGAAGCCUUCCUGGCCGCCAUCAAGACGGACGACUUGCCACUAGAGUUUCCGUCUUACACGAUGGAGAAGCUGCAGGCCAUCCGCGAGCUGUCAGGAGAGACCAGUUCCCACCUGGCCGUCUGUCUUGGACUGGUCACCAAACAAGAAGUGGUGCGUAGCAUGAAAUUAGAGCUGGAGGUGGAGAAGAAUAAGAUCCUGUCCAAAGCGCUGCAGACGCUGGCCAGCGAGCAUCACGAGUUGGAGCAGGUGGUCGUCAAGGGCUCCAGCGGGCUCAGCGACGAUGAGUUCCACGACGCCUUGUCUGGUUCCGACUCGGAGCUCUCCCUGAGCGGCUUCGAGACGGUAGCGAGUCGUUCCUUCGAGGAAGAGGACGGUGGCAUCAUGUUUGGCGGCAGAAGCAGCAGCAGCAGCAGUGGCCCCGAUGGCGUGUCACAGGAUGAUUGCCAUGGCAACGACCAGCAGAUGCAACCCAACGGGAUCACCAAGUAUAGGACUAGUUUACCUGCACCCAUGUUUUCAAGAAAUGACUUCAGCAUUUGGAGUAUUCUCAGAAACUGCAUCGGAAUGGAGCUCUCCAAGAUCGCCAUGCCUGUGAUCUUCAACGAGCCGCUCAGUUUCCUGCAGCGUCUGACCGAGUACAUGGAGCACACAUACCUCAUCCACCAGGCCAACGACACUAUGGACUCCCUUGAGAGGAUGAAGUGCGUAGCCGCUUUUGUCGUGUCUGCGGUGGCAUCGCAGUGGGAGAGGACGGGCAAGCCCUUCAACCCCCUGCUCGGAGAAACCUACGAACUGGUCAGGGAGGACCUCGGUUUCCGGCUCAUAUCAGAGCAGGUUAGCCACCACCCUCCCGUCAGCGCCUUCCACGCCGAGGGCCUCCAGCAGGACUUUGUCUUCCACGGCUCCAUCUACCCCAAACUCAAGUUCUGGGGGAAGAGUAUGCAAGCCGAGCCCAAAGGAGUCCUCACUUUGGAGCUGCCCAACCACAACGAAGCGUACACGUGGACCAAUCCCACGUGCUGCGUGCACAACAUCAUUGUGGGCCAGCUGUGGAUUGAGCAGUAUGGAAGUGUGGAGGUGAUCAACCACAAAACUGGUGAAAAAUGUUGCCUCAACUUCAAGCCAUGUGGCCUCUUUGGCAAAGAACUGCACAAGGUUGAAGGGUACAUAUUGGACAAAAGCAAAAAGAAGCUGUGCGCGCUGUACGGCAAGUGGACCGAGUGUUUGUACGUCAUCGAUCCCGCUGCCCUGGAGGCUCACAGAAAAAGUGACAGGAAAGGAGCAGAAGGCAAAAAUGCCAGCAGAAAGGGCGACAGCGAGGAUGACGUUCCCUCUCAAGCUCCCGACAGCGUGGACGUGAUUCCCGGCAGCCAGCUACUUUGGAGGAUCCCCCCUCGGCCCAACAACUCAACCCAGAUGUACAGCUUCACUUCCUUCGCCAUGCAGCUGAACGAGCUGCACGAGGACAUGGAAGGCGUCCUGCCCCGGACGGACUGCAGGAUGAGGCCUGACAUUCGAGCCAUGGAAAACGGUGACAUCGAUUUGGCCAGCGAGGAGAAGAAAAGACUGGAGGAGAAGCAGAGGGCGGCCCGUAAAAAAAGCUCCAAAUUGGAGGACGAGUGGAAGACAAGGUGGUUCCAGCAGGGUCCCAACCCCCACACCGGAUCCCAAGACUGGAUCUUCACGGGUGGAUACUGGGACAGGAAGUAUCCUCAUCUACCGGACAUUUAUUAGAAUUCUUUACAAGAAAGAUGCACACAUGAACUGCGGCCUUAAACUGCAUUUUAGAAGUGUGUAUGAUAAAUGUCAGUAUCUCUGGACUUUUCGCUCCUAUAUGUGUGUGUGUGUGUGUGUGUGUUGUUGUUUUUAACAGGCUGCUGUCUAAAUAUUUUUAACAUUCCUGAAGUUCUUGUUUGUUGUAUAAACACUUGCUGAGCCAUCAACAAUCUUCCACAAUAUGCUACGCUACAAAAAAGCAAUUUACAUGUCCAUGUAUAGAAAAAGGGGAAACCGGGGCAAUAUCUAUGAUUGUUACACUAACUGGUCACUUUAUUAGGUAUACCUGUAAAAACUGUUAAAACAACCAAAUAUAUGAACUGUAUGGUAAAGUC